UGUAAACAGAAAAUCACUGAACAAUAAAUUCACGAUCUCAGAACCGACUUUGAAAGAAUCCUUAGGAAAACGGAAAGUAAGAAGAUGUCGAAACAGUCUUGUGUUGCUACUAAACUCAAGCAAGUGGUUGAGUCACUUUACAAUCCCAAGCUGGCUGAUUCUUGGGAUAAUACUGGUUUGUUAUUGCAAGCACCGUUUUCUAGAACUGGCGCCAAGUCUGUAUUACUGACAAUCGAUUUGACGGAAAAGGUGGCAGAUGAAGCCAUCUCCAAUAAACUUAUUUCCUCCAUCAUAACGUAUCACCCUAUUAUUUUCCGUGGGCUGAAAGCUAUUACGAUGGAAGAUUCACAACAAAGGAGCUUGCUACGUCUAGCAGCUGAAGGCAUCCAUGUUUACUCCCCUCACACGUCCGUCGAUGCUGCUGCUGAAGGCGUUAACGAUUGGUUAGCUUGGGGUAUUGCUGGUGGAAAGAACCUGUUAAAAUCGUCAAAGCCAAUUCAGCAAAACGCUCCCAUGUCUGAAACCGAAGGAUAUGGUCGCCUUUGCGAAUUUUCAUGUCCAGCGAGCUUGCGCGAAGUAAUUGAGCGAGCAAAGAAACUAACUGGUCUUCCAUAUGUCCAAGUGGCUGCUCCAAGAGGCCUUGAUGCUUCAAUCUCCAGUGUUUCCGUUUGUGCUGGAUCUGGUGGCUCUGUACUCGCUGGAACAGAGGCCGAUUUAUACUUUACCGGAGAAUUGUCUCACCAUCAAGUCCUCGCCCUUACUGCAAAGGGAAUUUCCGUUAUUUUGUGUGGUCACUCCAAUACUGAGCGUGGAUAUCUCAAGGACGUCAUGGCCGAAAAGCUUGCUAAAGCUUUUCGGGAAUCUGAUGUUGAUGCAGAAAUUAUAAUUUCUGCUGAAGACCGCGAUCCUCUCACAAUAAUGUAAGGUUUUUUUGUUCAGUUUGCCAAAUAAAAAUUAAUGACGUUUUUGACGAUUCAACCAAAAUAGUACUUAAUAGAAUACUAUCCUACAAGCUCGUCAAUUGGGUUUAAUCUGAGCGUAGUAUUAAAGUAACUAGGAACAGAUUGGUUUACACAUUCUUGCAUGCAUUGUCUGCACUCUCAGUUUAUAUUUGAGUCCACUAUUUUGUCAUUCAUAGCAGUCUUUUAUCUUAAAAAAAAAUAAAAAAACAGUAAAGAUUAAAGAAUCGU